AUGCCCAGCUGCCAGAGAUCGCAGGGAAGGAUCUGUGUCUUCCCACGCCCUUCUAUCAAACAUAACCAUGAUCGGUGUCCCUGCCAAGCACUCCCGCAUCUUGGCAACAGCCGCCGAACGGCAAUUCCGGAGAUUUGUGAGACUGCAUGUGGGGGCUGCCCCCACGAUGCCCGGGGAGCGGACUCGGCCAACAACGGCCGUCCGUCCGCCGGAGCCAAGACACUAAGCAACGCGUUUUUCAGCGUCGCCGUCGAUGGCGGUGUGUCGGGAAAGGCGGCGUCAGGGUCUGAGGGGCUUCGAUAG